CGUGGCCCGGAGUGAUGAGAGAGAGGAGGAGGAGUUUCAGACUGACGGUUGUACGUUCUGCAGCAGUUAUCUGAUCAGACACACACUCAGAGGAGUGCUGAAGCCUAGUCUGGAUCCUGAUCUAGAUUACGAGCCAGCUGACCCACCCUGCCGGACCAAACAGCUGCAUCAGAUCCUGAUCCUCCUGUGGUGUCUGGAUGGAACUUGCCAUCUGUGAUUACAGGCUGAGCCGUAAGAGGCCUCUAUUUGACGCGGAUCCUCUCCUGUACUCAAAGAAAUGUUUGGCCAGUUUGAAAAGUCUCCUGCACAGAUACCAGACGGAGGCGUCGCAGCACAGACGACUGAAGACGUUUUGUCGUCACCCGGCCCCACGUGAUGUUCGUGUGACUGAAGAGACAAAACAUGCGACUGAUGGUAGGAGCUUCAGUGAGCAGAUCUCAUCCUGGUUGGACGUUCAGAACGCGGGGAAGAAAGUCCUGGAACACCUCAAGCUCAGACAAGCUGCUGAUGACCUUUUCUUCCACGAGUCUGUCAACAAGAAAUUUUUGGAGUUCCACGGUGACAUCACGGAGGAAUGUGGCGCGGAAUAUAAACAGCAUUCAUGGGCGGUUAUUGAGAAACAGGAUGAAAUUGUGAUGUAUGGACCCUACUAUCCCAAUUACAGCAACGGAGAACACAGCGAGGACAUCAUCAUCACACAAACCCAGAAACUUCUGGAGUCCGAGGCCAUCUCAGAGGAGUGGAAGGUCUACGUCUUCACCAUGAACAGCCCGUGUUUGACCCGAAACAAAGACCCGUGCAUGCUGAACCUGGUUCAGAAGGCUCAGGACUGGUGGACAAACUACAGGGUCAAGACUCAUAUUGGUUACGUGAGAUGUUGGGGCUUCAAAGGAAGCAAAGAAAAUCUGUUCCGGGAUGUCACCUAUAGCCAGGUGGACUGCAUCGAUCGGGUCGAGGACUACGAGAGCUAUGCCAAAGCAGCCGAGACAAGCGCAGCUCUUAAUCCAUUAAGUGAGAAUCUGUAUUGUGCCAUCAAACACCGGCUGAAAUCUGGAGACGUGACCUUCCCUUUGGUGAGCGCCACACAGAGCCAAGAGUGGAGAGGCUACUUCAAGGGUCUGCACAGUGUGUCAGAAUCCAAACCAGAAGAUGAGAGACCCAUCCUGACACAGGAAGUGGACGCCUUUGUCGAUGCUGUGCAAACACUGCUUUCAGAGCAAAGUCAAAGCUUUGAGGAACAUCUAGAAAGAGGCGGGGCAUUCGCACGGGAUUACAUGUCUGUCUCACAAUUAUCGGACGCUGAUCAGGAUCAGGUCAGGCUCACGUUUCAGCACUGCUGGAGGGAAAUGGUACAGGACAAAUUCGCCGAAGUCCUCCGGGAGAAGGUGACCGAAGACUUCAAUCAGUGCACCGUCCAGCUGUUUAUCAAAGACAUUCAGACCUUCACCCAAGAGUUUGUGCAAAUUGGGAGGAUACAGUUUCCAGAAGAUACAAAAGAUAAAGAAAAUUUAGUCACAACCUAUAAAAGUUAGACUCGUGAAUACAGCAUUCAACACCUGCAGACGUUUUCCUGUUUAUAUAUAUAUAUAUAUUUUUUACAAUAAUUAAAAAAGAAAGAAAACAAGCAGCUAAACUUUGAAAAUGAAACAAACUGACAAAAAAGCUCAUUUCAAGCUUCAUGUAACUUCAACCACACUUGCUCCUUAUUUCCGUCAUGGAAGUGAUGAUUAUUCCCUGCAACAAGCCCAAACAUGUCCAGCAGGUGGCAGAUGUGUGCAGAAGCCAAAAAACUUGUUUUUUGUAUUGAUCUGGUGCAAAGUUAACGGGUAGACGGGGUAAUCAGGUGAGCCCCGCCCUCCUCUGCUGGGUGGAAGACCUCCUCCAGGACGUGGACCCCUCCACCACCAGAACUCCAUCACACUCAGUUUUUAGAAAUCAUGAAAAAUCAUAGAAUUGUACUUCCUUUAGAACCAAUCUGUGCUUUUUAGAACUUGAUGUGCACUACUUUUUAGCCGCAUUGUUGAAGGCUGAGCACAUCGAGGAACUGUUUGACUCCAUGCGUGUGUCUGUCUGGCUGAUCAAUUUAUAAGCAAAAUUUCAACAAAGACUUUAUGUAUCAAUGUGAAACUUGGACAUGAGUUUAGCGUUGGACGCCUUUCAUUUCUAUGUUUGGCCACCAGUGUGUGCAAGAACUUGGCAAGGUCUUCAGGGAUCAUGUUUACAGUUGCUACCGUCCAUAGUACAAUCCAAAGGCCUUGGACUAGGUCGAGGUUGGAUGAGGGCCAUGCACCUUUGGCUUCAAGAAGUUUCUCUCUACUGCCACCUGCUGUUUGAAAUUCAACUGUGGAAAAACAAGAUCCAACAUAAAAAACAUCAACAGUGGGUAUGUUUAUUAUUUUCGCUGUAUUAGUACUUUAGAUGAAAGGAAUGCAUGUUCUGAGGUCAACGUGACACUAUGAUGUCACAGAGCUUUGACUUUAUUGGUUUCCUGGUUGGAGCUACAGUUGCACACAGAAAAAAAGAUGCGACAAAGUCCACAAAGACGUGUCCGUCUUUCACUGCGCUGUUACGAUACAGUAAAAUCAUAGACAGUUACACUGGAGUGGAGCUUUUACAUACAUGUGCUUCUUUACAUGUGGUAAUAUUCCACAUUAACAUGCUGCUUUGAUACAGUACUGCUUCAUAUGGGCACUGUUUGAUGAAACAAUGUUCAAAUCAAAACGAGAUUUUUUUUUUUUAAAUACUAACUGUUAAAAAACAAGUUGUCCAGAAAGUUUUGUUGCUGCAUGUUUACACUUGUGUCAACAGAGGGCGCUAUGUGCAGCUGAGACCCUACAUAAUCACAUCAUGUGCAACUUACCUGCUGCAGGUAGUUCAGCAGGUUUUUCUUUUUCUUUUUUUUCUUCAGUCACAGUGGACUCAACACUGAUCUGGAUCGGAAUCUAAAUCAACUUUAUAGACGUAAAAACUGAAGCAGAAGUCUUCCUAUUGCACUGAGGUGUCAGCGUUGUGUUUUUAGUUACUUUGUGUCAAUGUCGAGUCUUUUUUUAACAAACCUAAAAGCUACAGCCAGUAAAGCAGGAAUUCUGUUUUACUUUCAGUAAUACUGAGAUGUUCCACUUCAAGUUUUGCUGCAAAACCUGAAGCAGAUGAGAAUGUUGUCUGUGGUGCUGAAAUACACGUUCACAAUUAAUUCAUGAAUGAAUAAUAAAAAACACAUUUAAGAUAUCAGUCUGAAAAUCUUUGCUGCAUUUAUCAUCAUCUUUGAUUUCAAACAAUUUCAACAAUUUUUUUAUGUCAAAAUCUAAGAUGGUUGCAAUUAAAAUGUGACAUUAUGACACUGGAGGUAUGAUGUGAGCAAAAUAAAAUGAGCAACAAUCACUUUGUUAUCAAGAAAUUGCACCUUGGCAUCAUUUAUUUGCAGAAACAUUCAGCUGUCGACAUAAAGCGCACGUAAUCAUGUAGCUUUGCUCGCGAUUGUAAAAGCCAAAUGCUAAUGGUUUCUUAUGACCACAUUUUCCUCACUUUUUCUAUUUUUUGGCUAGUUUGGAAGGUUCUGCGACUUGUGUGUGUGACUGAAUAGUGUUUCCAGAUUGUUACAAAAUGUGUUUUCUUGAAUUCUGCUGAAAUAUAUGAUUCAACAAUAAAAUGUGACGUACACCCAAAUGUGACUUUUAGUCCAAAAACAUGGUAUGUCUGUUGUAUUUGUCAUAAAAAUGUGCAAAUGUUCAGUGUUAAUUUAUUAAUCUCGAAUAUUAUGUUAUUUUAACACACAAGCUAACAUCUGCUGCUACUGCUAAUCCAAACGGACCAGAAUGCAUUGCUGCAGAACUGUUAGUCAACAGAUUUGAUGAAGUAGAAUUUAAUUCUAGAAAUCUAAACAGUCAUUUUGAUGAAUUAUAAUUAAAUUACCAGUCAAAGCUUAGACUGUAAUCACACAUAUUGUAUUAUUUUGGACCGACAGAAUUAUCAUGACUCAGCAAAAUAAUUGACAGAUUGCUAAAAUACCAUUGGAAUGUAGACCUAAAUGUUUUUAUAUGUAUAAAAAUAAUUUGACAAAUUAAAGUGAAAUUCGUCUUUUUUAAAA